AGUUUGACCAACAUACCAGCCAGACAAGUUACCAUUCAUCAGUCACAGUUGCCGCUGCGUUUGGAACCGGUGCUAUCGUGCGCCAUACCUUUAUGUAUUAUAACAAUUCGGGGAAGGCAGAGUGCAUAACAUUAAAUCAGAAUGUAACUAAAUAACAGUGAUUUUUUCAACAAUUAUUUCUCUUCGCCUUCUUUAGUUACUAACGUCGAAAAACUUUUUAUUACUUUCUAAAACGUAUUUAAUUUUCCGCGUGUGCGCGCCAACAAAACGUGUGUGUGUAUAAAUAAAUAUUAAUUUUAUAGUUGUUAAACUGCGUUCGACAUGACUAUAUCAUAUGCCGGUGAAGUUCCAAAUGGCAGCAGUUUCGGUUGUUUCUGGCGAAUAUUGUUGAAAUGGCGUGGAAGUGUGUAUAAGUUGGUGUGGCGCGAAUUACUAGCAUACCUCACAUUAUAUUACACUAUCAAUUUAUUAUAUCGAUUUGCUAUGACUGAACAACAACAAAGGAUAUUCGAAAAGGUGCGGCAGUACUUCGGCGCACAGAGUGAAUCCAUACCAGUAUCUUUCGUGCUGGGCUUUUACGUAAGCCUGGUGGUGAAGCGGUGGUGGGAGCAGUACAAGCUGCUGCCGUGGCCCGACACGCUCGCCCUCUUCAUAUCAGCCGGGAUACCUGGAGCGGUUAGUAAAGACGAGACUGGUAGAUUGAUGAGAAGAAACAUCGUUCGGUACGCUAUACUAGCCUAUGUAAUAACAUUGCAAAGGGUAUCCUUGAGGGUGAAGAGACGGUUCCCAACGUGGCAGCAUGUCGUGGACUCUGGACUAAUGCUUGAAAGCGAGCGUAAAGUGUUUGAGAAGAUGGAUGGGAAAAGUCCAAUGUCAAAAUAUUGGAUGCCACUUGUAUGGGCAACGAAUAUAAUAAACAGGGCGAGGAAAGACGGGCUGAUAACUAGUGACCAUAUAGUGCAGACUUUGUUGGUGGAGCUUUCAGACAUAAGGAGGCGGUUGGGAGCGCUCAUUGGAUAUGACACGGUGUGCGUUCCUCUUGUUUAUACUCAGGUGGUGACUCUAGCUUUAUAUACUUACUUCGUGGCAGCUCUCAUGGGACGACAGUUGGUACCGCCAGCUCCUGGAAGCACAUCUAAAUACGAACCUGACGUAUAUUUCCCACUGUUCACGGCAUUACAGUUUUGUUUCUAUGUGGGAUGGUUGAAAGUAGCCGAGGUACUAAUAAAUCCUUUCGGUGAAGAUGAUGACGAUAUUGAACUUAAUUGGCUGAUAGACAGACACAUUAAGGCUGCUUACAUGAUUGUUGACGAAAUGCACGAAGAGCACCCGGAGCUCCUAAAGGAUCAGUACUGGGAGGAAGUGGUACCAAAAGACUUGCCGUAUACAGUGGCUUCAGAACAUUAUAGACGGCAUGAACCGCCAUGUUCUGCGGACCAUUACAAGGUGAAGGCCGAAGACGCCGUGUAUGCCAAUGUGCAAGCGCCUAGGAAGAGUCAUGACGAAACAUAUGCGGACUACGAGAGCGUAGAUACACCGCUUGUGGAGAGACGAAAAAAUUGGUUCCAAAGGCAAAUAUCCCGAAUGGGUUCUGUACGUUCCGCAUCUACUGCAUAUUCCUCUGGUGGUUUAUUUGGAAGGAACCGACAUAAUUCCAUGGUAUAUUCGAGUCCUGAAGCCGGUCAGCCGACAGCACCGCCUCCGCCACACCACAAAAUGUCUCUCUAUGAGAGACUGGUUGGACGCAAGUCUGGUAGAGGCCAACAUAGACAAAAUACAAAACAUGGUCAAAGGAGCAACGGCUCAGCGAUACCAACGACGCUUCGGAACCGACCGCGCAUACCGACUCCUGACGUCACAAAAGAAGUCAUGGAUAGAGAGAACCGCCUUGCCAUGGGCAUGCAGAACAUGGGGGUUAUAAUGGCUCACCAAGGCUACCAAAACGAAGUUCCCGUUCUUGGUGCUCUAGUCCUAUCCCCAAUACAAGAACUGGAUAGUGGAUCGGUCAACAACACGCUUCACGCGGGACAACCGGGGACGACUGCGCUUGCGCAGGCUGUCCUUUCACCGGGUUUGACUCAAGGUCUCUCUCCCAUGCUGACCGCGCCCGUGACACUGUCCCCUAUGGGUGUGUCUCAGCUAACUUCUCUAGUGGGUUCAACACCGUCGACGCCGCGCACCGACCGCGUGGUCACGCCGCUCGCCAGCCGCGCCACCGUCACGGAACUGUCCGACAGCGAGCACAGCGGCAGCGGCACUCCGCCCGGCCUCAACCGCAACGAUAAGGGAUCCAAGCGAGGAGAAGUAUACGUCUAAACAGUUAGUCUGCAAGCGGCAUCUAUAGCUAUAUACGUCUGUGUAAAUUUUCUCUGGAUAUAUUUAGUCUGUGCAACAUUUAUAAACUAUGUUCAUAAAGAUAAUUGUUUAAGCGCGCUCCGCUUGCGAGUUUUGACGUACGUGAAUGUAGAUUCAAGCGUAGAUUGAAAUAAAAGCGAAAACUGUGACUUAAUUAAAGUUUAGAUAGAACCCUUGGAAAAAAAGACAAUUUAUAAUUAAGUUAAAAGGUGUCAUAUAAAAUAACCCGUUGUGCAUAUUAUGUUGGUAAAGUGUACGCUUAGCCUACUAUAUCACGGCAAUAUAAUGGCUUCAGAAAUCAUCACACUUCAAUCAUUUGAUAAUCACGUGAUACAUCAACAAUAUAACUUGCAACCGCACUGCAACUCAAGUGAUGCAAUUUAAUUACCUACUGUUAGUUUAUAUAUAUAUUUAAUAAUUGUAAAUAAGAUAUAUAGAUUAUACAAUAUUUUUAUAAUUAAUUAUUUUUGUUAAAUGUUGAAUAGAAACUUUUGCGAUGUGCGCUGGCCGCUAGACAGGUGAAGUGAAAUAUUGUAGACCAGCGUGAUGCUAUAAUGUACCGACAUUAAAAUAUAGUAUAAUUAGUGAAAAGCGUUCGUUCGUAUUUAGUUCCUAGUUGGAGCUCGUAAAACGUACCUUAAUAUAGUAAAUGAUACGUCCAUAAAGUGUGGUGCUUUAUAUACUUAUUUUAAUCGAAUGUACUGAAUCUCGAUAUGACUGAAAGAGGAAACAUCUAUGUAAAUUUUGUAUUGUGCUGUACGUAAUUAUGACAUACUAUGUACCGAUAAAUUUAAAUUUUCAAUUUUUGACGCACAAGCAGGGAUUGAUUUGUGUAGCUUUAUAAAAGUAUAUUAAUACA